AGUUAGAUUAAGUGGUUUUGAAAUCGGAAACACGACAUCGUCUAAUGGUGGCUACUACUGUUCCUUGGCGUCUUACAUGUGUGGCAGAUUAAAUUCUUUUAUCGGUUUCGUAUUGAUAAAUUAUAUCAAGGUGGUUAAACCACUUGAUGUUAAUUAAUGUGUAUUAAAGAAAUUAUUACGUCGUGCUUUGUAUUGUGAUUUGAAAAAUCUGAAGCGAGUUGUGAAAAACAGGACAGGACAUCCGUGGAUUCAAGACUUUAUGCCACAACCAUGUCAAUUGGAAUAGAACCACCACCUACGAAAAAAAUGAAAAUGAUUUUAGAAGAUGGUGAUUUUAUCAUGAAAACAAUCGACAAAUGUAUAGAAGAUAUUGAUAAUUCUAAAAAUAAUUUGGAACCUGUUCUGGGUGAUGAUUUUGGUGAAACUUUGCAAUUAGUUAAAGUGUUUGUUGGCAUCACCAAAGAUCCUAAAGAUUUGUCAAAAAUUGUUACGACUCUUAAUGAAAAAGUUCCAUUGAAACAGCUGCAACAUCUGAAGAGAGUAAGAAAAAAACAGGUAAUAUUAUGCCCGGCAAGUUAUAUUAUUGGUGCAUCAUCAAUACAACAAUUUAUUGAAAGUACUGUAAUGGAACUAAAAGACUCAUUUCAGUAUUUCAAAGAGAUGGAUGUUCCACUUACAGCGCCUAGGUUACAAAAACAAUUCAAGGAAUAUAAUAAAAUAUGGUCCUGCAACUUUCAUCCUAAUGCUUACUUAGAGAAACUGACUAGUGGAGAUUUCUUUAGUUCAGUAGAUCUUAACAAUCACAGAACAUAUAUGAAGAUGGCCUUUGAAGUAUCAAGAUGGUACAUACAACACAGCAAUAUAAUAAAUUCUAUUGAAGAUGUCUACAAAAAUAUUAACGGAGCAAUAGUUGUUGAUCCAACUAUACAAUCAGUGGUCGCUGUAUCUUUUGACAAUCGUGAAAAUAAUCCUAUUCAACAUUCUGCUAUGUUAGCUAUAGAUAAUGUUGCAAAAACUCAAAAUGGUGGUGUAUGGUUCGAGACGGAUUAUAAAUCCAGUGAGAAACUUAGUGUUAGUGAUGAAUUGUUAACAUAUUUAAAAUUAAAGUUUCCCAGUGUUAAAUUUGGUUCAAGAAAAUAUAUUAGUAAAAGAGACAGUGCAAGUGAUGAAUGUAAGAAUUCAAAUGAUGGCCCUUAUUUAUGUACUGGGUAUUAUAUAUAUUUAAUAAGGGAGCCAUGUUUUAUGUGUUCUAUGGCAUUAGUGCAUGCAAGAGCAAAGAGAAUAUUUUUUUGUUUGGAUAAUAUUUAUUUUGGUGCGUUGAAAUCAAAAACUAAACUUCAAACUAAAUCAUCUUUAAAUCAUCACUUUGAAGUGUUUACUGGAUUUUUAUAAGCUGUUAC